AAGUUUAUCGCCCUCCUGCAGUACUUUAGUCAACAGACUGGUGUCGCGUGUCGUCUUUGACACAGUUGCUGACAAGAGGCUCUAAGGGAGGGAAGCAACACUCUUCAUUUACUGUCCCACAAGGCUCUAAGGUGGUCAAGAUGAAACUGACGGUCAUGAUAAACAUGGUGAUGGCGAUGGCAUAUUACUCUGCUGCCAAAGAUGAUAAUUUCUCAGGCUGUCUCGUGUUUCCAUCCUUCAACGUGACAUUGGUGGACCGCGUGCAAGACCUCAGUUUCUGGGGAUUCGUGGCCGCUUCCCGUGGCACUUCCGUCAUGAAAGUAAGAUUAGAACAGUCCCCAAAAGAAUUCGUGGAGGUGAUGCUGAACUACACGCACGCCACCGCCGUGAGCGUGAGACUCACCUACAACUCUCCCAUGUGGCAGGGACAGGUGUCUGGGAAGGUGAGUCCCGGAUGGAGGCGUUUUUUCUUGCAGGUACCACCACACCGGAAAUACACUUCUAACCUCACUCUUACUGAUGACCACGGCACCACAUGGUUGGGCGGUUUCCUAGUUACCUUUCCAGUUGAAUGGCUGCGUGUUGUAGUCCCUCACUUCAGUACCUCUUGCCACACUUUAACUCCAACCUGGCACAUCCAGAACUGUUCCGUAAAGGAGGUGGUGUUGCCGCCAAUGCUGAAUCCUUUACAAUUCACGGUGAUCGGCGAAAGACCGCUACCACUAAUGCUGACACAGGCGGACACGGACAUCAUAGUGACAAGGGAAAUGAUGGACAUCUUGGACGCCCAGAUACCGCCUGUUCCCCUUGUGCUGCGCCUCACACUUGACCACACACAGUCAGCAACACUGCCACAAAUAGUGACAGAGGGCGUUUUGGGUGUGGUGGAAGUGAUGAUAGGCAGCCCCAUAGCAUCCCUAAAGUUCACCAGUCUUUGCGACGGCGACGUACACGUGGUGCAACAACUUCACCUGUCCACCCAAGGUAAAGAGAACCUUGUGUCCACCGAAGCCAGUCGCCAAAGCUCACCGCUCCCUUGCACCUCCUAUGUUGGCAUCGUAGAUCACGCUGUCCCCACUUCACCACGAUCAAUCGCUGUGGGCUUGCCAGUACUACUUGCUGCCACAGCGGGCCUAUUUCUCGCUUGUGUAGCUCUUUGUGUGUGUACGGCACGUCUCAUGAUGACUCGAGAGAUGACAGCUGUGAUGGCAGGAGCGGCUGGACAGACGACAGUGGCAGUUCCUUACCAGGAGGAGACCUCAUCCAAAGAUGAGCCACAGUAUCUUGAGCCCCUACCUGUUUCCGCCGCCUGGCAGACCACGUCAUCUCUACCAUCCCCAUGCCAUGGCCCAAAACACAUUCACGAGGUGGUCGAAUUCACAACCAUAAAACCAACACGGACACCAAAGGACUCGCUAUCCAGCGAGGACGACUACGAUUACCUACCCUGUCAUUUUCGCUGAAUCACCAGCGCUGACAGGAGCUGAUUAAGUCACUGGGUACGGUGACGCAUCAUCAUUUAGAAAAUAAUCAGACUGCUUAUUUACGCUCAUUACAGCUACAUCGUGAAUUCAACACCAUCGUCAGUAUCGAUGUUGUCUAUUCUUUGUCUUUGAAGGCGAGAAAGUCACAUGUACGAAGAUAAAUGCUGGCAAAAAUCUUGAUAGAUUCUGCCAAUAAUUUGAGACUGCACCUAAAUGAAAGAACAGACGGAGGAGGGUGCGUGGAGAUGCUCCCAAAAUCAUAUUCAUAGACGAUGAAAGAGUUAGCCUGUGUUAUGUAUGAGUGUAAAUUAUAGUUUAUAGCUAUUCUGGUAGAUAGAAUAAGUACAUGAUUUGGUAAUCUUUCAAAUAAAACAGUUUGUUAGUUUU